AUGCGCGAUUUAUCAUUUUAUCCUAGAUAUAAAAUACUACGAGCAAUUUUUUCCACAGUGCGAAACAAAGACACCAUUGAUACUACACGAUACGACUUUGAACGAGAAUUUCUUCCUUCAGCUAUGUCGCUACCACCCAAACAUGGCAAUCAUAGGUCCAGGCGACCGUCAAAUUCACGUACUCGUCAACCAGCACCAACUAACGAUCGACCAUACGAUCAACAGCAUCCUCAGCAUCGUAGUUAUUCACGGAGAGGAGCACGCAAUCCAAGCGUUGGAUUCUGUCAAGGAAGACGAGAUAACAGCAGCAACAGAAGAUCGAAUUCAAGAGGGAGGUAUCCCAAUGCACCGAAGGUUGUUGACAAUUCAUCAUCACCACCCCUAUCUACCGAAGAAAUGACGCAGAAAAUCUUAGAUAUUUGUAGUGUAUCUAGGAAAUUUUAUUAG